GCCAAUCACAAUCAUCCUCCGCGGGUUAGCUUGUUCUCCGGCGGAACGGCAUCUCACUCAGUAAAUGUGUGUGUGAGGUUAAAACGAGGCUCUGUGUGAGCUCGUGGAGCAUUUAAACCCCUCCCGAUUGACACACGGCUCGACCAAUCACAGUGAAGCCCCGGAGCCAGUCAGCCAAUCACAAUCAUCCUCAGCGGGUUAGCUUGUUCUGCGGCGGAACGACAUCUCACUCAGUAAAUCAUGGCGUCAGGUGCUCUGUUCCCCUCCAUGGUCUCUGGCUCUCGAGGUUCUUCCAGUAAGUACCUGGUGGAGUUCAGAGCGGGGAAGAUGACGAUGAAGAGCAGCACGGUGACUCCGGACAAGAGGAAGGGUCAGGUUUACAUCCAGCAGACGGACGACUCGCUCAUCCACUUCUGCUGGAAGGACCGCACCACGGGGAACGUGGACGACGACCUGAUCAUCUUCCCCGAUGAUUGUGAGUUUAAACGUGUGAGCCAGUGCACCACCGGACGGGUGUUUGUUCUCAAGUUCAAAGCUGGAUCCAAGAGACUGUUCUUCUGGAUGCAGGAGCCGAAGAGUGAGAAAGACGAGGAGCACUGCAGGAAGGUGAACGAGUUUCUGAAUAACCCACCCAUGCCGGGCGCUCUGGGCAGCGGGGGAGGCGGGGGGCAUGACCUCUCCGCCCUGGGAGGUGAGGGCGGCCUGCAAAGCCUUCUGGGUAAUAUGAGCCACAACCAGCUGAUGCAGCUCAUCGGACCGACUGGACUGGGCGGGAUCGGGGGCCUCGGGGCCCUCGCUGGCCCAGGAUUGGCUAACCUGCUGGGCAGCAGCAGCUCCAGCAGCGUCCCUGCAGCCAGCAACUCCUCCACCAGCCCGUCCACAGCCGUCACCCCCACCUCCUCCUCAGCCUCCAGCCGCCUCGGCUCCGCCCAGGUUCCCACCACCCCCAUCACUCCCGUCACCCCCACCAACACCUCCGUCACCUCCCCCACCGCCUCCUCCCCCCCGGCCUCCUCCCCCGCUACCGCCGCCGGGACCCCCAACGCCUCGCAGCCCAUCCAGCUGAGGGACCUGCAGAGCAUCCUGGCCACCAUGAACGUCCCCUCGGGGGGGCAGGGAGAUGUGGUUUCUGCAGUGGAUCUGUCCAGCGUGCUCACCCCGGAGGUCAUGGCUCCCAUCCUGUCUCACCCCGAGGUGCAGCAGCGUCUCUCUCCCUUCCUCCCCUCCGGAGAGUCUCUCCCUCAGAGCAGCGAGGAGCUGAACAACACUCUCAGCUCGCCUCAGUUCCAGCAGGCGAUGAGUAUGUUCAGCAGUGCGCUGGCCUCAGGUCAGUUAGGUCCUCUGAUGAAUCAGUUUGGUCUCCCUGCAGAAGCCGUGGACGCCGCCAACAAAGGAGACGUCGAAGCUUUUGCCAAAGCCAUGGAGACGGAGACAAAGUCGGACCAGGACGGAGACUCCAAGGACAAGAAGGACGACGACGAAGACAUGAGUCUGGACUGAGAGCUUAAUAUUUAACUUAUUUAUUUAGCUGUUCAGCUGUUUUGUAACUAUUACACAUUAAGGAUGAAGAUCUAAGAUGAAUAUAGAAACUGUCGCUAAGACCCUCCCUCCCCCCGCCGAUUAAUAUAAACUGAACAGUUAUUAAACCUGCAUGACAACUGUACAUCCUGAGAAAUAAACUCUCUGCUGUGUGUUUA